AUGGAAACUGAAAUCAAAGGGAUAUAUAAUAAACUUUUUAAUGAGGGAGUAUAUUCUUUGUUCAUUUAAUUUACGGAAUGCUUUAAAUAUCAAUAACAAUUUUGCCUAAGGUUUAUUAAAGUGGUUUACUCUUGUAAUUUAUUUAUUCUUUUAAUUUGUUUAUUUUUCUUUGAAUUAAGCAAAUGUGAUGGCAUUAAAAAGAUGAGAUAUAGAUGCAAUCUAAUUUAAGUUUANGCCCUUAGUGUCCCAUCUGUAUCCCAUUGUCUUCUUUAUAUUCUCAAUCUCUUUUUUCCGUUUCUUGUAUUCUCCAUAUUUGAGACUCAUCUUCAAAAAUUCUUCCCUCAUUUAGAAGAAACUGUAGUUAUUAAUGGUCCAACUACUAAUACACAAAUCAAAAUCUUCCUCCGAUCUUUUAGACCGGGUUUUGGGGGGCCGUAUCCUUAAAUCUCAUUCUCUUCCCCCUUAUCAAUUACUGAUCUUUUUAGAUACAUCCCAUCUACUCCUUCUUCACCUCCAUUACUUGCACAACACAAUUGGGGGCAGGAGGAACUUCCUCUGGAUGUUCGAAUUAUGACAUAAUCAUAUUUCUAUGAUAUCAAAAUUGUUUUUUAACAAGAUAUAAUCGUGCUUCUAAAGUAAGAGGAUCUGCAAAGAAUUUAAUUGAAAUGCACUUUCAAUUAAAUAAGUAGAAUUUAAAAAAUAUUUAGUUAUGCUGGUAUAAAUGAAAGAAAAGGAAGAAAUAAAAAGAAACUAGAAAAGCAUUGUACUCAGGAGAGAAAUUAGAAAUGAAGAAUAAAGGAAAGCUGAUGAUCUAUAUAUUUAUAUGUCUUUCUAAAAGGGUUAAUAUAAAGAAAAACAUUAAUUUAAAUAAUAAAUAUUAAUCUAAUAAUCACAUUCAAAAAAAAUUUCUUUGAAAGUCCUUUAACAACAUCAUAAGUAAUCAAAAAGACUCUUUAAAAAACAGGAUAAAAUAUUUUUUGAGAAUUAAAAAGAAAGGAGAUUUUUUCUGAAUGCUGGAUUAUGA